UGGAACAUACACAAUUCAGAAUAGAAAGAAAAGUAGUACUACUACACUUGCUUCUUAUGCUCUCUCUCUCUUCGUUUUGAAACUUUAUUUUCAUUACACUGUUUUUAUUUUAUAACAGUGUAAUAGUUUUCUUUCAUCAUUGUUGAAUUUUAUCGUUUUGUUUGACUUUUUAUUUGGUUAAACUUCAAGAUGUGAGUCCUUCAAUUUCCUUAGCAAUUUGAUAGCUUUUUCACUUUUUGCACAAUGACAAGAAGUUGAUUGUCUUUCAAAAUAGGAGAGAGGGGUGUUGACAAAUUAGUUUACUUUGACAAUUGCUGUGCUUUUAGAGUGGGAUCCAGGAUUUGAAGAUGACAGGGCUACUACUAGAGGGGAUGCAUAUAGUCGAAGCUGUGUCACGCGAGACCGACACUGCUUUGUCGAUAAGUAUUGUUAAACACAUAUAAAACUCAACGUACUUGGACAAAUAUUAUUAAACGAGAAAAAUUGACACAGUUCAUUGUGUGGUUUUGAUGGUCCUAAACCUCAUUUUGCACAUUGAGAUAUAUUCUCCAGAAGGAUUUGAAAAGUCGGCAUAUAUUUCUCCAGAUGGGCAGAAUUUUCCUAUUUGGCACAAAAAAGGGAGCAAAGAGAGGAAGUUUAGCAGUGAAAUAAAGAUGGGUGUGUUAGGCAGCCCAAAAUCUAGCAAUGGCACGGUCAUGGGGAUCAGAAGGGAGAAUGGAUGGGCCAUUAGUCCAUGUCUCAUCAAUAUAUUGGACAAUUACAAGGGACUCACAAAUAGGCUUAUCAUCAUGGAUUAGAACUGGGAUUUUCUUAUGGACAUGGUUGGAUUUAAGGAGAAGCUCACUUUUGUUGAUGAUAUCCUCUGUAAUAAACUCAUAGUCCACAGACUUUAUGUUGAGGGCUAUUUCAACUCGAUUUACAAAUGGACUUGGAUGUGUACCAAGAACCUUAAUGCUACUUCCUGCCAUAUUGCUCAAUUCAAUUCUUCUUAAUGACUGUGAUUGUAUAUUGUAAUGAAACAUACAAAUGUGUAAGUGUACUUAUUAAGAUUGGACAACUUUGGGA